AUGCAUGAAGAAGGCCUGUUCAUUAAGAUUGAUCCAUUUUCUCUAUUAACACUAGAUGAAAGUGCACCCAGGCUCAGAUUCCCACAUGAGUGCUCGGAGGGCAUGCUGGGUAUUGAAGUCCCAGGGGAAAGAGAAAGCCCUAUUGGGUACCAUGGGGGCUGCCAGAGGGAGGUGCAGAAUUGGACUUUGUCAUCUUGCUGUGUCGUUCCUGCUGAUGAAGACUCACUCAACUUGACUAUCACCGCUGAUUUCUCUUUUGAUGAACUGCUAAAGGAGCUGUCAGGUUUGAAAAAGUGUCUGGAGAAGAUCAGCCAGUGGGACAUCCUGCCUUUGACUCCAUCAGCUCCAAUCUUCACCCUAUGCCAUCCUGAUCCUCAGAGCAGAGAGGAGUUUUUACAAUACAUCUGUCCCCUCACACUGGACAUCAACACGACAAACAGACGUCUCCAUCUGUAUGAAGGGAACAAGAAGGUGACACGUGAGAGGACAAAAGCCAAAUAUCCUGAUCAUCCUGACAGAUUUGACUACUGGGCCCAAGUUCUGUGCAGAGAGGCUCUGACUGGGACUCGCUAUUACUGGGAGAUGGAGUGCAGUGGAGGUGGUGUGGUGAUUGGGUUUGCAUAUAAAGGACUGAGCAGGAAAGGACGGGGCAGGGAGUGCCUCUUUGGAUACAAUGAUAAGUCCUGGAAUUUGCAGUGUUCUCAUUCCCAGUACUCUGUGUGUCACAAUAACAAGCAGACUGUAAUCAGCACCCCCUCCAGCCCCAUAAUAGGUGUGUAUCUGGACUGGCCUGCUGGCUGUCUGUCAUUUUAUAGCGUCUCACACACAAUGACCCUCCUGCACAGGAUCAACACCUGCUUCACUGAGCCCCUCUAUGUAGGGUUUGGGUUUAGUCUUCACUGCAGUGUAACAAUCAGCCAUCUGACACCAUGUGACCACUGACCAGUACCCUCUACUGGUCACUUUAUGUCCCCACAAGGUCACCUUUGUGUUUGUAGUUUGGGUUCAAAAUUAAAUUUACAGGAUGGGUAGGUUGGGGGCAGAACCUCUGUGAUUAAAUUUCUGAGUGAGAAUGUGGGGUGAGUGCAGCUGUCAGGGUCUCCAUUAUUAUUGAGUUUGAGUAGCCAAUCAGGUGUGUGUGUCAUAAUGA